AUGUCGCAAGUCUCCGAGGGUGAGAUAUGCCAGGCGGUCCUGGGAUUCGUCACUGAAGGAGUCUACCCUGAGGAGAAGGUGGUGGCUGCCAAGUUUCCGGCCGCAGCUCUGUCGAAGGAGUUGGAGUUAAUCUCACAGGCCCGAGAGCAAAUAGAGAAUGAGAUCAGCUCCCUCAGCCGCGAGAACACCUUCGAUGCCGACGAUUGGAUCAUCCAAGCAAAGCAGCUGCACGCGGACAUCGAGCGCUCGAGAGUCACCGCGCGAGAAGUAGUCUACCAGCAUGAACAAACUAAACCGCUCCGAGCCAAAGUGGAGGACGCCAGCGCGAAAGUGACUUUGAUUGAGACGGAGAUCGCCUUCAACCAAGCUGUGACAGAGACGCUGGAGGAGGUGCAGCGACUAUGCCAGCAAUUGGAGUCUGGACGUGCUAUUUUGGGGGCUGGUCAGAUCGCCGCCGCCAUUGAACAGCUGGAGUCUACCAAGGCAGCCAUCCAAACCGAUGCCCCAUUUUCGAACACCAACGUGAUGAGCAUACUUUCGGGGGAGGUAGCGCGACUACAGGAUGAGAUUGAGGAGGCAUUACAUCUUCGCUGGAGCGAACAGGUGAAGAUUGAUCGCUCAAAGGGCGAGUUCCGCAUUGUUGAUGACAAAACUUCUCUCGAGGAGACCAUUUCGUCGCUCUCACAACUGGGCAUUUUCUCAUCUGCCAGCGAGAAAUUCCAGAAUGACCUUACAACGACAAUCAUCGACCCUAUCCUGCUGCCUCGAGCAGAUGGCAGUAGUCGUGCUGUCGAUGUGACAGAAACAGGCAUUCUUAUUGAAUCUGCGUUUUCCAAGACGACUGUUAGAGAAACGUUCAACCGCAUUACGAAUGUCCUGAACUACUUGAGGCAAAAUGUUCCAUCUUCAAUGUCGGCUACUCUUCCUCAAGUCUUGAUUCCUGCUGUCGCUUCGAAGGCCAUAUCAGGAUGGUUGUCUUCCGCCAUUCCAACAACCUUGGAUGGUCUGGAAGACUUCGAAAACACAUUAGAAUGUGUUCUGGAAUUCACCAAGACAAUUCAGUCCUGGGAGUGGAGUGGCCAGGAAGAGCUAGUUUCUUGGGUAAAUCAAGCCCCUCGACUGUGGUUGACUCGACGCCGAGUUGAUUCGCUUGAUAGUGUGCGAAAAGCAAUCGCUGCUAGCAAGGGUACUACUAAGCAAGUGGAGAGAAUCGAAAAGGAGAAGGUUUCUCAGGCAGAUGAGGCUCUUCUAGAGAAUGCCACAAUCGAUGAUUGGGAUGCAAACUGGGAUGACGACCAGGAAGAAGCUCCUCCAGCCUUGGCGACUGCCCAGGUUGAAGAGGAUGAAGAGGAUGUCAGUGCAUGGGGCCUUGACGAGGAAGAUAACGAGACACCCGCCAAGCCAGAAGUGGCUGAUGUGCCUGAAGAUGACGAAGCGGACGAUGCUUGGGGAUGGGGUGAUGAUGACGAAGAGGAGAAGGGCGAUGAGAACAAAAAGCCUCCAAUUAUCACAGAAAAGAAGCCCACCAGUGGAGAAAAACCCAACCAGUCCUCGCAUCCUAAAGAAGUUGUUCUUAGAGAAGUUUACACGGUCACCGAUAUUCCAGACUCUAUCCUCGACAUCAUACUUCAGCAGAUCUUCGAUUCCAAAGAUAUUGCCCAGCCUGCGCAUUCUAAAUCUCGUGUGGCUUCCUCUGGCGCUGGUCUGCUUGCACUGCCUACUUUGGUCCUGGCCAUGUUUAAGGCCACCUCGUCGUCCUUUUACUCGCUGAAGCUCAACUCAGGGCAAAUGUAUCUUUACAACGACAGUCUGUAUCUCGCUGGCCGUGUUAGAGAGCUUAUAACUGAGCACGAGCUUUCCAGACUCAGCCCCGAUGUUGAGGCUUUGGAGAAGUUUGGGAAAAUUGCUUACAGCAAGGAGAUGCAAACCCAAAGCACAAUUGUCAGCGACUUACUCGAUGGCACCCAAGGGUUUGGACAAUGCUCUGAACAACCCUACAAAUCAGAGUGUGAAAAUGCUGUGAGUGCGACAGCUGACCGAAUUCGCGACGUCUACAAGGAAUGGCAACCCAUCCUAUCGCAUUCCGCACUGCUCCAGUCUAUUGGAUCUCUCCUGUCCACAGUGAUCGGUAAGAUUAUCAUGGAUGUUGAGGAUCUUGGUGACAUCUCCGAAGACCAGUCCAAACAAUUGGUCUCGUUCUGCAACCAGAUCUCCCAAUUGGAGGACCUGUUUUUGCCUGAACCUGCCGCUGAUUCCGAAGCCGUUCCUGUCACGGCUGUUUAUGUUCCAAACUGGCUUCGAUUCCAAUACCUUAUCAAUAUUUUAGAGAGUUCGUUGGCAGACAUCAAGUUCUUGUGGGUAGAAGGCGAACUGGGCCUAGAAUUCUCCAUGGACGAGACAUCAUCUGCCGUUGAGGCUACGCAGAGACAGGUUCGUGUUCAACUUACCAGCAAGCAAGAAGAUAUUGCUCUGCCUGAAAGCACCGGUCCCAUUCUCGUUCCCACCGGCCUGCGACGUUAUGCGCUGUCAACAUUGGUGAACAACCUUCUGUCAAGCGAGAAACCGAUCCCGUUCGAAUUUUUGAUCAACGGUAAAUUCCUACGGACCUCGAUUGAUGAGUACCUGACUGCCAAUGGCAUCUCCUCCGAGACUACCCUGGAGAUUGAAUAUGUUCGCGCUUUGAUUCCCCCACUGCACAUUGCCUCUUUCGAGCAUGACGACUGGGUUAGCGCUACCGACGUGCUCUCCGAAGCCUCACCUGCUGCAUCUUGGGCGUCGGGCGCCAAGUUCUCCAAGGGCCAGGAAAGAAUUUUGUCUGGAAGUUACGACGGUUUGCUCCGGAUAUGGAAUAUGUCAUCUGAGAUUAUUGCGACCUCGCUUGGCCCAACCGACGGCGGACACACUGCAUCCAUCAAGGCCGCUAAAUUCGUGUCACCAAACCAGAUUGCCUCGGCGGGUCUCGACCGUACAGUGAGAUUGUGGAAGUACACCGAAGAUGCGAACGAUUUCGCUGGAAAAAUCACUCCUCAGCUGGAGCUAUACGGCCACAAGUCUGGCAUCGAGUCACUGGCUGUGCACGGCUCGUCCAACCGCCUUCUGACCGGUUCCUCGGAUCACACUGUUGGUUUCUGGUCUACCAAGAAGGCCGACGCUCCCGCCGCCCCCGAAAGUCUGCUCCCAUCCAGCAGUGCCCGUAAUUCCAAGCGUCGCAAGCUCAACGCGACCAUCUCCGUUAGCACUCCGCAGCGCGGAGCUCUGGCUCUUAUGUCCGGCCACACAGGACCUGUGUCCGCAGCUAUCUUUGACGCAAAGGACUCUACCGUUGGAUAUUCCGCUUCCUGGGACCACUCCGUUCGCACCUGGGAUUUGGUCACUGCUGCUUUGGUCGACACUCGCACCACCUCCCACUCGCUUCUUUCCCUCGAGCAUCUUCCCGAGCACAACUUGCUGGCCGCCGGAACCUCUGCCCGCCAUAUCGCCCUGAUUGAUCCUCGUGCCUCUGCCGCCACCGUCGCCGCGAUGACUCUGCGCGGUCACACUAAUGCUGUCGUGAGCUUGGCUCGCGACCCGCACAGUACAUACGGUCUUAUCAGUGGUAGCCACGACGGUACAUGUCGAAUUUGGGAUAUCCGGUCAACCAAGACCGAUAAGGAUGGUGUUGUUGGUGAGAGCGUGUACUCGAUUACUCGCAAGAGCCUCGAGGAGGAGGGCAAGGCUGAGAGCAAGCGUGUUGGUGGUGAAGGUGUCAAGGUAUUCAGUGUCUGCUGGGACCCUACGGUGGGCAUCGUGAGCGCGGGUGAGGAUAAACGGAUCCAGAUCAACCGCGGCGAGGGUGUUCUGUCUUCAAAGUAG